AUGGCACAGCGUAAAAUUACCGAACUUUUUAACGUAAACCGGACAUGUGGAUCUGUGGUAUCACAAGACAAUUUAGGAAGUGAAAACAAGAAGACCAGCCUUUCUGAAAUUAUGUCUAGUGACACAUCUCAAGACAACUCUCAGCCUUCCGAGUAUAAACCUCCUUAUUCUGAUAUCAACGUCAUGUCAGAAAACGAACUGAAGGAUGACAGUGUUCGUCGUUCUCUUUUGGCGACAAAGUGGGAUACUGCUAACAAAUUCAAUUUUCCAGUCAGAAAGAUUUAUGGACGAGACAGAAAAUUCAAUCAUAGCUGGUUAAAUGACCACAGCUGGAUGAGAUACUCAGUAUCGGAUGACUCUGUGUUCUGUGCUUGUUGUUUAUUGUUUGGAGAUAAGGCUGAUAAAACUCGUCUCUUCGUAAAGCCAGGAGUAUCAGACUGGGUGAACUUAUCCAUGUUAGUGAAACGCCAUGAGUGUUCCGAAAUUCACAAUAACUGCAAAACACGUGCACAACCCAGAGCUCCUCAACUCUGGCAGCCCCUAAUAAUGAUUGCUGAGCUGAGGGGAAAAAAUUAA